AUGAGGGUUGCAAGCCAUGCGAGGAGGCGCAAGGCCUGCGAUCUGUGCGUGUCGAGAAAGAUCAAGUGUGACUUAGCCAAGCCAACCUGUUCAAACUGCAAGCUGUACGGGGUCGAUUGCAGCAUCACCGAAGUUAAAAGUCCGGCUACUACGAGUAGAAGAAAAGCGCCUGCCAGUGAAACAAGCCCGGCUGACUUAUCUUCAACUCUCCACAGGAACGACACAAUAGAGUCACGCUUGACUCACAUUGAAGCAAGACUGGACCAAAUCGCCGCCGAGAAACCAUCCGGAAGUGCAUCACACAAUGCAACCACUUUGAACUUCCAGAACUUUCCCGAGAUCCGCGUGUACAAAGCCUCAGACAUGUGGAACGAAGCCACGACUUUACCUUGCCUUGGCAUUUCACCGCAGUUUCCCACAGGGGCCAUAUUGGCCCAGACAGGAAAGCUUGAGCUGCCGCCACUUCAGGAAGUAAUGGGCGUACUGGAGAGAUACUUCGACAGCUACGGCUGCUACAUGCCUCUGUUUGACAAAGGAUCUUUCAUGAAAAUGACGGUUGACUGGUACUCUGAGAAUGAAAGAAAAGAUCUGAUCCCUUGGGCUGCCAUCAACCUUGUCCUCGCUAUGACAUACCGCAUCAUGGAUGAUGUGCCGAUCGAGCAGCCAAAAUUGGCUCAGUGUAUGAGUAACGUACAGUCCGUCACGACCGAGUUGAUGGCCUGGAGUGAUGAUAUUCUAGGCUUACAGGUUCUACUGGGCAUGAUCAUACUAUUUCAGGGAACAACGAAUCCGCAGCUCGCAAUAGUACUCAUAGGAAGCGCCAUCCGCCUAGCGCAGAGCAUGGGGUUGCCGUCCGCGAGAGCCUCCGACGAUCCCGAUGGAUCAGCGCAACGUGGCCGAGUGUUCUGGAUAGCCUACAUUCUGGACAGGGACCUUGCCCUUCGCGCCAAAGCGCCCUACACUCAGUUCGAUGCCGAAACUGAUCUUGAACUUCCCGGCCAGUUUGGAGAUGAUGACAUGGGAAUACUAGAGUCAUGCACAGGGACUAUUAGGUUCAACUACUUGCGUGCUCGAUCUGAGUUGGCGAUUAUUCAGGGCAAAGUGCACAACUUCCUUUACAGCAGGACAGCUCAACGACUAUCGCAGGAGCAGCGAGCAGAGACCAAGGUCCGUAUCGAACAAAUGCUCUCCAACUGGCGUAGUGCAUUGCCACAAGAGCUCCUGCGAUCAGACAAACUCUUCCAAGAUUUCUCGACAAUCUCAGUUCAUCUUGUGAUGAACAUGUAUAACCGAUACCUCGAAUGCCUCUACAGGAUCCACGGGACCUUUGCUUUUGAUGAGACAUGGACUGACAGGGCGCUGUGUUACCUUUCUCCAACUGUGAUUCCGACUGGGGAUGAUGGAAUCGAUGGUAAGAUCAACCAGAAAGAGAUCAGCCCAAUGCCUAGUGCAUGGUCCGAUUGCGUCGAGCAUUCAAGGCUUGGCCUAGAACUGGCAGCGUUUGGGAGGGAAACAGAGUAUUCGACCUGGCUUCAUGCUUGCUGCAAUCUUUCGGGACUGAUCGUUUUGCUGGUCAACAUCAUCGAGUUCCCUGACCAGCCGUCGGUCAUGUCAGAUUGGAGCUUGAUAGUGAGAAUCCUCAGCAAAUUUGACCAGAUGAAUGACAAAGCAUCGAAUGAGCCAUUCUUUCUGCUCCAGGUAGCUCAUGAACUGGACCGCAAAGCUUCUAGACAGGUCAAGCGAGUCGCCCAUAUGCCGUCACUCAGUCAUCAGGAAGCCGCAUUCUCUGAGCCUUGGGCGAAUCCGGACCUUAUGUUCCGGUAG